GAGAAAGAGCGCCUCUUUCAAGGAGUUGGGGAUGCGCGACCGGCGACACAGCCGCCCCGGCGCGUGUGUGUGUUGGUGGUCUACCGGCAAAGCACGCUCCCGCUCUGUCGCGUGCGAGGAUUUUCACUUGUCAGCGCUCGAAGGUCUCCGAAGCUCGUUUUUUCCCUGGCGACCGGAUUUGUAACUACAGAAAAUGCGAGUUUUAGUGACCUGCGCGAACUCUUCCCCUCCGGACACAAGGAAGCGCACAAACAGGGGGUUCUUUAGCGAGAACGGCGCCUCUGUUUUUUCCCCCUUUUCCUGAGCUGCGCUCCUUUUCCUCGCGCCCCCUCGCGCUCUUUCGUUCGCCCUGUGUGCUUCUUCUCGCUCUCAUCGCAGGGUCUGACUGAACCGCUGCGGUCUUUUCCCGUUUUCUUUUUUUGGCACUGCAAACUGCUGGGUUCGCGAGUCGCUGCGCGCCGGAGCGUUUGGAGCGCGCGGGUUCCCCUUGCAUUCUCGACAUUUCGUAGAACUUUGGAAAAAACACUCUGGAUCGACGGCCAGAAACCACUUCUCUGCCUCACACUGCCGUGCGCAGCGCCCAGGAAGACCGUACCCAACUGCUAGAAAACGGGGUGUAGUGACGUCUGCAUGCUCCGAUCCGCGGUUUCUCGGCAGACCGUUACACACGCCUGUCUGCGUGGACUUGUUCCCCUCAUUUGCGAAUCUUUUGCCGUACUCUUGCAAGACCUCUCGUCCUGCGUUGUCAGAUCCGUCGGGAGACCCUGUGCCCUCGAUAUCUCUCCUCACUGUUCUGCGUCUGCCUCGCGACGCCUCUGUUACGUAGUCUCGUUUCUCGGAUCGCAGAGAGCUUCUUACGUCUCCUCUCCUCGGCGUCUCCAAAUUUCCCUUCGAACUGUAAAAACGUCUCUAGAAUCCUCCUGGUUCUUCCACGCUCGCUUUUCUCUGUGUUCUCUCGUAACCGUUCAGCUGGCUCUUCCGAUCUAUCGGGAUUCAUCCGACGUCUUCCAUUCUCUGUCGUUCCAGUCUGACAAUCGCCUUUCUCAUUCUCAAAGCUCUUUCCUGGGACCCAAGAAUGGCGGCUCAGGCAGCCAAGGCCGACGCUGCGCUCGCGCAUGCAGCGGCAGCUUCUCGCGACUACCGAGUGGCUCCUCGCCUCGACUAUCGAACGGUCGCAGGUGUGGAAGGCCCGCUUGUCAUUCUCGAUGAUGUCAAGUUCCCCAUGUACAAUGAAAUCGUCAACAUCCACCUUGGAGAUGGAUCCGUCAGAGAGGGGCAGGUUCUGGAAGUCCGAGGGAAGCGAGCAGUGGUGCAAGUGUUUGAGGGGACGUCCGGCAUCGAUACGCGCCAGUGCCAUGCGGAGUUCACGGGAGACGUAUUGAAGAUGCCGAUCAGCGAAGAGAUGCUGGGGCGGGCGUUCAACGGGAGUGGGAAGCCGAUCGACCGCGGGCCUCGCGUACUGGCCGAGGAGUUUCUGGACAUCAACGGAUGCCCGAUCAACCCUCAGUGUCGUGUGUACCCCAAAGAGAUGAUUCAGACAGGGAUUUCGGCGAUCGACGUGAUGAACAGCGUGGUUCGCGGCCAGAAGAUUCCGCUCUUCUCGGCCGCGGGUCUGCCGCACAACGAGAUCGGCGCGCAGAUCUGCCGACAGGCGAGUCUGGUCGCGGGGAAGGAUGUGAAGGAUCACUCGAACGAGAACUUCGCCGUCGUCUUUGGAGCGAUGGGUGUGAACAUGGAGACCGCGCGCUUCUUCCGACAAGACUUCGAGGAAAACGGGAGCAUGGAACGCGUUGCGCUGUUUCUGAAUCUGGCGAAUGACCCAACCAUCGAACGCAUUAUCACACCGCGCCUCGCUCUGACCACUGCGGAGUACCUCGCGUACGAGCGCGAGAUGCACGUCUUUGUCAUUCUGACCGACAUGACGGCGUAUGCCGACGCGCUCAGAGAGGUCUCAGCUGCCAGAGAGGAAGUCCCUGGACGUCGAGGCUAUCCUGGCUACAUGUACACGGACUUGUCGACCAUCUACGAGCGCGCAGGUCGCGUCGAGGGCCGCAACGGAUCCAUCACCCAGUUCCCGAUUCUCACGAUGCCCAACGACGACAUCACGCACCCGGUCCCCGAUCUCACUGGGUACAUCACUGAGGGACAAGUCUUCGUGGACAGAGGCCUUCACAACCGACAGAUCUAUCCGCCCAUCAACGUGCUGCCUUCUCUCAGCCGUCUCAUGAAGUCCGGAAUCGGACGAGGCAUGACGCGCGAAGACCACCCCCAAGUCUCCGACCAGUUGUACGCGAACUACGCGAUCGGGCAAGAUACUCGCGCGAUGAAGGCCGUGGUGGGCGAGGAGGCGCUCUCGCCUGACGACUUGUUGUACCUGGAGUUCACCGACAAAUUCGAGAACCGGCUUCUGAGUCAAGGGCCGUACGAGAACCGAACGAUCUUCCAGUCACUGGACAUUGCAUGGGAGCUGCUGCGUAUUUUCCCCGAGGACAUGCUGAAGAAGAUCAAGGAAGAAGAACUGCGAAAGUACUACCCCAGAGACAAGUACCUCGAGGAACAGGAACGGAACGACAAGCGCGUCCCCCCCUCAUGAAAUCUGCGGACGUUGUUCCGUGGAAAGUCUGCCUGCUUCCAGUUUGGAGACACCGAAGGGGAUGGGAGAAAACGCGUCGCGAAGACUGGGAAGGCGUCCGCGGUCAAGCCCACGGAGUUGAGAAGAAUCUCGCACUCGACCCUCGUGUUGCGACAGCAGGAGCCUCCGCGAGAGAGUCUCCACGCUCUGCACAACGCGCCAAACAGGCGUAUGGAACUGGGUGUCUCGGCUUUGUAGCGAUGAAAAUUUUUGUCUCGCUCUGCAGGACUCGCGCUGGACUACGCAGCCAGCGGCUCGUAUCCCAUGGCGCGCGGGUCCGUUCUCAAACUGCUGUUUCGUUGACUGCUGCUGCGUGCUCACAAGCCAUCGCCACAAAACGCCAGGCAGCUCGAAAGCGACCAUCAGCUCAACACAUGUGCAGACAUAUAUUUGUGGAUAUGUAAAUAUAUAAAUGCAUGUAUUUACAGUAUAUUUAUAUACAUAUAAUAUAUGUUCAUGUAUAUGUAUAUGGAUAGGUGAGCGCCGCAUGGGAGCGGCGGAGUGAGAAGGUGGAAGUUGAGGGGAGUUCCUCUUUGUUGCUUGGGUUUGGAGUGCGUGACUCUUCCGCGAGCUGCCCGAGUCUCGUUUUCGGAGAAUCAACUCAGAAACUUGCUCACUGGUGCUUCCUAAAUUGCUAAGAGAAAGGCCUUUUGCCGGGGACAGAUCACCUUGCUGGCUCUUCUCUCUCCAUUCGUCGUGCUUCCGCCCACCCUCUCUUUCUUCUCUUUCUCUCUUCUGUCUUUUUCCGUGUUGUCUUUCUUCUUCCUCUGUUUUUCCCCCGGUGUGUUCUCUGCCCGGCUCUCUUCUUCACAUCUUGCUCCGCGGUGUUCUUCCCUCGCUAGGGCCAGACCAAACGAUAAACGUUUCGCGCAAUCGUCAGCGCUGCGCUUCUGCC